UCUCUGUUUGAAGAGUAAAUAAACCGGCAGCCGAAAGAAGUCGUGCAGGAAUCAUGUUGUCGCGACGGAUUCUACUUUUGAAUCAUGUCGCAUACAGAAACACAAUUAUCAGAUGCUGCAGUGAAAAAGCUUCCCUGAAUAAGUUCCCUCAUGUAGCCCCAGUCCCGAAUCCAGAGGAAAUUCCUCACGACCAUGACCGCCCUGUUCCCGUGAAGAGGAAGAUACGGACUAAAGUCACAACACCACUGUUUGCCAUCCUGUUAAAUAGAUUUGAGAAACUGCUUGAACAAACAGUGCCCAGAAAAGUAUUUCAGAAAUACAGCUGGGCUAGGGAUGGCAUGAUCGAACUUAAAGACGACACAAAAAUAUAUUUUGAUGUCUCCAAAAGGAUAAGUAAAGGUGAUGAAUUCAGCACAUUUACACGAAAAGAGCUAUCCGUCUUCAAUCAGUUACCUCGGGAAAUGAAGAAAGCAGCGCCAUUAAUCGUGCUGUGCGCUGCACCGAUGGGAUUUUUUUUUCUUCCAAUGAUGUUUAUGUUCCCUAAGUACACUCUAUCAAGCCACUUCCUAACGGACCAGCAGCUACGGGAGGUGAACACCAGGAAACUCUACUGGAGACUGCAUUGCUUUCCUAAUGUGAUGGACUGUCUAAAGAUACAGAUCAGAUUGAUAUCCGACCAACAGGAAGCUUAUAACGCACUCAAGUCUAUCAUUAUAAAGACUGAAGAAGGUUGUGAAAUAUAUGCGUUUGAAAUUGUACCAACUGCACGAGGAUUUUCUAUUGACCACUCUGAGAACAGUUUUUGGAACACAAGAUCAAAGCUUUACUCGUGGCAGUUGGCAAAUUCGUUUGGAAUGGGCAGGAACCGUAUGAAGGUGUACAACCAGAUCAUGGCAGUGCACUACACAGAUAUGUGUAUAGUGAAGGAAGGCUUAGAUGCUCUUACAGACAGGGAACUACAAACGGCAUGUUAUGUGCGAGGGUUGAAUGCUGAUGGUCUGACACGGGAGGAGCAGGAGGAUUUCAUGAAGGAGUGGCUUGAGGUUAGCCUACAUACUAAUAGUGCAAAUAUAAAUAUGCUUCUGCACACCAUGGUGUUUCUAAAUUACGAUGCUCCAACAAAUGUGAAAAUCAUGCCAAGAUGGUUUUGGAAGAAGAGGCUAAGGAUAUCGGAGCACUGAUGUUUAGAAUGAACUAAGAAAAAUACUUAAGUGAACAACCUGUCUGAGAAUCCAGAUUCAGUAAUAUGUUCUGGCUGACUACUGUGACACCAGCAUAUCUGAUGUAAACCGAUGCUAUAGGGCGUCACAACAAGAUGUCGACAAAUCUGCUUAACAGAACGCCGUGAGACAGUGGAUCCUUGUAACUACUGCAUUACUGUAUACGGGGAAACUUUCGCCCAGUUAAAUAUUGGCCUUUCGCUGGUAAAUCUAUUUCCUUCCAGGGUAAAUUUCACCCUUCACAUGUCACUACUAUAUAGGGUAAUAUUCACUGUCAUGAUAAAUUCGCCCUUAAUGCAGAGGAUGAAAAUGGCGAAAAUUGAACUCCGGCGAACAUUUCCUGGUAUACAGUAUUGUUUCUGGGAAUAUAACUUCCUGUAUGUCCAAAUCUUAUUUUUUUUCAAACGAGGAAUUGUGACUGAAAAGUAUUUAAGUACUAAAUAAUUGUGCAUUUUUUGACGAAGGGUUUGUAAGUUGUGAGGUUGACACUGAAUGCCUGUAUUAGACUGGUGUUCAAAUGAUAUAUAAGUGUUAGAAAAUGCAAAUUGAAAAACACCAACAAAGUAUUCCCUGUAGUAAAUUCUGAUAUUACGUCUUUGCGUAUUGCAGAGGUAUCUUCUCUUGUGAGCAGGUAUUGAUUGUUACGUCAUAGGUUUAUGUGAGAAAAUUAUGUUGUUUUCUCAAAAAUUGAUCACGUUACCCUCUCAAACUAAUGACGUAACAAUCAAUACCUACUCACAAGAGAAGAUAACUCUGUAAUACGAAAAGACAGAAUAGUGCAUGCAGAUUGCUUGUGAGGAUUGAUUUUUUAAUUGAAUACGUUGAUGCUCAGAUAUAUUUGUAAGAGAAAUAUUCUUUAAUUUGUGCUUUCUGACUUUCAAUUGACAUAUUAACAAAUCACCAAGAAAAUCAAAGUACAUAAGCCACAACUCUGAUAACAUAUAGACUUUAAGUGUGUUCUAUGUUAUCUUCAAAUAAAGAAAAAACAAUUAAAACUUAUUGAAAUUAAAAAAAAUAUAUAUAUAUAGAAAAUAGGAAUUGGACUAAUAUAUAAACAAAGCUAAAAAUUCUUCAAGGUACCUUUAAAUUGGAAUUGAACAGCAUUUUACAAUGUUCAUGCAGGUAUGAAUGCAAGCUAAUUACGUACUUAUUUCACGAAGCCUAUGGAGUAUAUGUAAUGUACACAACUCGCAUUCAUACCGGCAUGAACAUGGAAAAGUGUCAUUCAAUAUGUGUAUUUGUAUUUUCAAUUUAUAAAGUUAUGAAUGAAUUAAAUAUAAAUGUUCCUGAAUAUUUGCAGCAUUGAAGUGUCCGUCAUGUUCAAAAUGAUCCCAUUGCAUUCAUAACCAAAUGAAUGCAGUUUCUUUGGGUAGUGUUUAUAGAGAGACUAAUAGUGGAGCUGUAAAUACAAUUGUAUGUUAUGUACAAUGAAUAUGUCUUAUAUCAUUCUGCCAAGAUGUUAUAGGAAGUUCAUGACAGAGACACGAGUUAACGAGAGAGUGAAAAUGAGAGUGAAAUAUGGGAUGAAAACAUCCCGUGGAUGAGGUGUUCAUGAAGAUUUGUGUGAUAUUUGAGCUGUUACCGAGUAAACCUCUGUAAAACUUGC